AUGGGAAACAUUCAAGACGAGAAUUCCAAGGAUGGAAGACUAAUGUUGCCCACCCAUGAUUCUUAUUAUGACUACAACUUUGAUAGUUUAAAAACUCCAGGAUCCGUUGGAUUCAUAGGAAGAAAGGCUUCAAAGAGGAAUUCAGUAAUGAAGAGAAGGGACUUGAAUUUAAAGAGGGUCAAGGAUGUAAGUCAUUCAGUACGAACAGAGUUUAAUACUAGUUUGGAUACUGGGAGCUCUAAAAGUUCACUGGAAGCUAGCGCCAAACACACUGGAAGUGAAUUACCUAAGACAGGCAAACAACAAUAUAUCUUGGUCAGUCAUGAAAGUCAAGGGGGCCCUUUGGCUCCUCUGGAUUCGUUUCUAAAUCUAGAUGUGUUACAGUGUGAUAAAUAUACUCAGGCAAGUCCAUUGCAUAACAUGCUUGAAAUCCCUUGCGAUCCCAUAGGGUCCUCCAAUGAACGUAUGUUACUUUCUAUGUUGGAUCAGGAGUGCCAUAUCCUUAGAAGUACUGUACCCAAUGGUUUAACGCAACGAUGGAAUGAUAAGAUUUAUUCGGGUCUGAGGUUUCUUUAUUUUUCUUUACCCAGAAUUUCCUUACUUCAAGGUGAGGAAUGCAGUUUACUGAAAUCGUUAAUUGGUUGUAGGGAAUGA